UAGUAUUAGUCUAAGAAUUACCAAUUUAUGAAAGAAGUGGAAUUUUUAACACAGUGUGGGAUCGUGUUUUGUGAUAUUAUCAUUGAGGAAUUUCAUUGAGUGAACGAACUAGCUAUGGAUGAUUUGGCAAUUUUCGAAGGACUUGACUGCUCUGUAUGUCUAGAGCGGUUGGACGAAACAUGUAAGGUUUUACCUUGCCAACAUACGUUUUGUAAAGGCUGUUUAAAGGCUAUCGUAGCUUCGAGACAAGAACUCCGUUGUCCUGAAUGUCGUCGUCUUGUCACUGAGAAAGUAGAUGAGCUGCCAGGAAAUAUUACUCUUAUUCGCCUCUUGGACAGACUGAAAGACCGCCAGACGAGAAAACACACUGCACCGUCGACAAGGUCUAAGAUUCCAUUUGACGAACCCUGUGCGCGCGCAAGAUACAGCUACGAUGCCAGAGAACCAGGAGAUUUAAAUUUAAAGAAGGGAGAUUUGAUAGUACUGUUGCAAAGAAUUGAUGAGAACUGGUAUAUCGGUGAACUCUCUGGACAACAAGGAUACCUCCCAGCUAAUUUUGUAGAGGUCAUAAAUCCAUUGCCAAAGUUUGAAGAAACAAAACGAGCACUUGCAAAAGGCCUUUAUGACUUUGAGGAUGGUGAUGAAGAAGAAUUGCUUCAUUUUAAACAGGGUGAUAUUAUAAAAGUUCUACAAAGAGUGGACGCUAAUUGGUGUGAGGGUGAAAUUGGCAAUCGUUAUGGCAUAUUCCCGGUUAAUUUUGUUGAGUUAAACCGUUCAGCAUCGUCUAUGGCCUGGACACAUGAGAAUGGAGAACCUGAAUCAAGACGUCAACCAAGCAUUCCUCAGAAGACAUCAGAAAUACGUCAACCUCGACAGAAAGCUCAACUGCAUAAACCCGUGAAGAGGUCUCGAUCAAUUCCUCGCGAUAACCAAGAAAAUGUUCGCAGACGAGCUCGCGAUUUCGGCGAAAGUAGUUCCGCUACAGGUAAAGCAGGUCGCAGCCAAAUCAAUCGACAUUCGUUUGAUGCUCUCUCAGUCGAACAUCCCCAAGAUUUCGUUUCACGGGGUGAAUCAUCCGAUGCGUCACAAGUGGCAGCAGUUUAUUUAGCAGAUUAUCGUCGUCCAAAUACUCGAACAACCGAAUCUAGAGAAAUGCAGGAUGAAAGACCUGGAUGCACAUCCACCACAAAUAAUCGAUCCAGCCCGACAGGGUUCCAGACAAGGGAUGCGCAGACAUCCGAAUUGUACAUAGCAUUGUACAAUUACAGACCACAAAAAAGCGACGAGCUUGAGUUAUGUUCCGGGGAACAUUAUAAAGUUCUAGAAAAAGGAGGAGAUGGUUGGUUUAAAGGCUUUCCCGUAUCAGGAGGAAGACCGAUUGGUCAUUUCCCUGGGAAUUACGUUCGCCCAUUAUUGUCUUCCAGUUCAAAUCAAGAAAAUACCACAGACAAUGCAAUGUCAUCAUUAAUUCAGCGACGUCGACAUAAGAAUAAUUCCCAAUCUUCACUACAACCUGCGGCUGCUCUGUUGGUAGUGCCCAGGCCUCGACCCUUUUCUGAUAUCAGUAAUGAUUCCAACCAAGAAUUGUCAAUAACGCCACCUUUGACACCUCCGCUUGUCGGAGCUAAACCACCUAAACAAUCACUAUUCCGGAGGUUGAGUAUUGGAAAAAAGAAAGAUCGCAGUAGUCCGCAAACAGUCCAGAGUGAAAGAGUUAACCAACAAACUGAAGCGACUGUUCCAGCAAGUUCUUCAUCAUCGAGAGUUUCACAGUCGUCCAGAACCCGAAUUGACUCAAGACAAGCUUCACGGAACUGCCCAAGUGGAAACAAAGAAAAGUAUGUGGUUAUAGCCAAUUACCCGCCAAACAGUGCCAUGGAACUUGAGAUACGUUACGGCGAUAUCGUCUUCGUUACAAGAAAGACAGAAAAUGGUUGGUUCCAUGGAACGUUGGAAAGAAAUGGAAAAGUUGGCUUUGUUCCAAGUAGUUUUCUUCAGAAAAUUUAAUGGAUUUUUAAAUCACAAGGCAAAGGACUCGUGCAAGAAAAAUUAACUCCAAUCACAGAUAACACUGUCCAAAACGUUCAAUAAAUAUUUUCUCCAAAUGUAAAUUUGUAUAAGAUAUUAAUAUUAA